AUGGGUGUGGACGGUGCAAUUGGAGACGAAGGGGUCAGGAGAAAAGGAUGUUCAUGCACAAAAGACGAUUUUCUACCUGAGGAGUCGUUUAGGAGCUGGGACAACUAUGUCCAAGCGCUCUGGGAAACUCCCACUCGGUUCAUGGACCGGAUGCUCACCCGAUCACUUGACUCAACAGAGCUCCAGGAAAUCAAGGCUCGGAGCCAACAUGAGAUGAAGAAGAACCUCUCCUGGUGGGACCUCAUUUGGUUCGGUAUCGGUGCCGUCAUAGGCGCCGGCAUUUUCGUUCUUACCGGACUCCAAGCCAAAGAAGUCGCAGGCCCCGCUGUGGUUUUAUCUUACAUGGUGUCCGGUGUCUCCGCCAUGCUUUCCGUGUUUUGCUAUACUGAGUUUGCUGUUGAAAUUCCUGUUGCAGGUGGCUCGUUUGCCUACCUUAGAGUGGAGUUAGGUGACUUCGUGGCCUUCAUUGCUGCUGGUAACAUUCUCCUGGAGUAUGUUAUUGGGGGGGCUGCAGUGGCCCGGUCGUGGACUUCCUACUUUGCCACCCUCUGUAAUCACCAACCUGAUGAUUUUCGCAUCGUAGUCCACAGCAUGCCCGAGGACUAUGGCCAUCUUGAUCCUAUUGCCGUUGUUGUCGUGUCCAUCAUCUGCGUCCUUGCUGUCCUCAGCACCAAGGGCUCAUCACGCUUCAAUUACAUUGCUUCCAUCAUCCAUGCUGUCGUUAUUCUCUUCAUAAUCGUUGCUGGCUUUUCAAAAGCGGACACCAAAAACUACAGCAAUUUUGCUCCCUUUGGUAUUCGUGGUAUUUUCAAGUCUUCGGCUGUGCUUUUCUUUGCAUAUGUUGGUUUUGAUGCUGUUGCAACAAUGGCCGAAGAGACUAAAAACCCUGGUCGUGAUAUCCCUAUUGGUCUUGUUGGCUCGAUGGUAAUAACCACUGCUGCAUAUUGUUUGCUUGCUGUAGCAUUGUGCCUAAUGCAACCAUUCCAGCAGAUUGAUAAGGAUGCCCCAUUUUCAGUAGCAUUUCAAGCUGUGGGGAUGUCAUGGGCUAAGUACAUUGUUGCUGCUGGUGCAUUGAAAGGCAUGACAACCGUUUUGCUCGUCAGUGCCGUUGGUCAAGCACGAUAUCUCACACAUAUUGCGCGAACCCACAUGAUGCCACCAUGGCUAGCACAAGUCCAUCCAAAGACUGGGACGCCAAUAAAUGCCACCAUUAUCAUGCUUACUGCAACAGCAGUUAUUGGCUUCUUUACAGAUCUUGGGGUUCUUGCCGAUCUUCUAUCCAUAUCAACAUUAUUCAUCUUCAUGCUUGUGGCUCUUGCUCUUCUUGUUCGCCGUUAUUAUGCAAGUGGUGAGACAACAACAGCUGACCGUAACAAACUAAUCACUUGCAUUUUGCUUAUUCUUGGGUCUUCAAUUGCAACAGCUACUUAUUGGGGUCUAAGUGACGACAAUGAUUGGAUUGCUUAUGUGAUUACAGUGCCAAUUUGGUUCUUAGCUACUCUGGGACUCCGUGUUUUCGUUCCGCAUGCUAGGAAUCCAAAACUAUGGGGUGUCCCAUUGGUACCAUGGCUGCCAUCGGCUUCCAUUGCAAUUAACAUUUUCCUGCUGGGGUCAAUAGAUGGGGCAUCCUUUACAAGGUUUGGUAUAUGGACUGUUGUGCUGUUGUUUUACUAUUUCUUCUUCGGAUUACAUGCAUCUUAUGAUACGGCUAAGGAAUCAAGAGAAAAUAAGAUUGGAGAUGGCUGGAAGAAAGUUGAAGAAGGUGUUGUGUCUUCAGAUGCCAAGUGAACUAGCAAUUCUUCUACAAAUUCUAGUAAGAGUACUGUUCGU